ACGGGCUCGCCGACGUAACACCGACACAUGUUUUGCAAUAUAAGCGGUGAAGUGCCGCGAGAGCCCGUGAUUUCGAAGACCUCGGGGCACGUUUUUGAAAGACGAUUAAUCGAGAAGUCCUUGGAGGCGUCGAAAGGUGUCUGCCCUGUCACGGGCAACGAACUGAGUGUGUCAGACUUGCUUCCGGUUGAGGCGAAUCUUGCGGUACGCCCGCGGCCGUUGACAGCAACGUCGCUCCCGGGGAUGCUAGCGAUGUUUCAAAAUGAAUGGGAUGAUGUGAUGCUGGAAACCCACGUUAUCAAACAACAGCUUCACGCAACCCGCAAAGAACUCUCGCAUGCACUUUACCAACACGAUGCAGCGUGUCGUGUGAUUGCGCGUCUUGUGAAUGAGCGGGACGAGGCGCAGAGGCUCGUGGCCGAACUGCAACGCAGUCUCGCAGGCAAGCUAACGUCGGAAGGAAUCUCAAGCAACACACCGAAUAUUAGCAAGGAUGGGCUAGGCCCUGAAGUCAUCACGCACUUGACAGAUUUCUGGAAGAAAACAUCCAGGUCACGCAAGAAACGACCGGUGUCAAGGCAACUGAGCCCUGCUGAAACAAUAAUUGGCUGGUCGAAGAAGACGUCCAUGGAAUUGUUUAAUUCAAAUUCGGGUGCAACAGAUGUCGCUAUUUGCCAGCUUUCAGGUGCAAUCGUCUGUGCUGGCGGAAAAUCUGGUGUUGCUUGGCUCGCCGCGGCCAGUGCCCCUGCCGCCACAAGUAAAGGUUGUGUUGCGGAUACAUGUUCCAUCAUUCCGGGUAGUGCAUCCUCACCGGGCACGGUAUUUGCAACCUCAGGCGGCGACAAAAUAACUCUCUGGAAAGCCAACGAGAAGGACCUCUCGACCGUUGCGUCUGUCAGAGUCCCUGGCGCUGCAUCUGUGGCAGCUCACCCAACAGGAAGCUACGCCGCAAUUAUUAGCAGCAAUGCAAGCUGGGGUCUCGUGGCGUUUGGCACUGAGAUGAGUACGCUACGCGAGCUAAGUCUGGUGAUGCCUGAUGAUCCUAGCGAAGCUCCGUCUGCACCACUUAAGUUCCACCCAGACGGCCUCAUUCUUGCAACGCCGACAACUUCAUCGCAGGGGCAUGUUGUCCGUAUUUGGGAUGUCAAAGAGCAGAAGAGUGUUCACGCUUUCGAAGGUCAUUCGGCACCU